AUGGCCACAAUUCUUGACUUUCGACAUUCAGAGAGAGAGUGGCAGAAUGAUUCGAUUCAUCAAGUCAUCUUUGACUUCCCGAAAAAGUUGACACUCCCAACAGUCGAAAGGCAAAGAUAUCAAUUGAUUGCAAUUGUUGCCUAUUGCAAUUUUCAUUACGUGGUCUUUUUGCAAAAAAGUGCAUAUUGGAUCAUGAUCAAUGAUGAAGUCGCAUACUCUGUUCCAUCAACAGAUAUCAAUGCAUUGAAGGGAUGCUCAACUGCUGAGAUGCCACCUUUAUGGUACAAGACUCUCGAACACAAAUGGCUCGCAAAGAUGCUCAUUUAUCGAAUGGUUCAAUGA